AUGCUGUGCACGCUUCGAUCAUGGAGCUUCGUGCUUCUUCUCCUAUCCUCGUCGGCGAUAUCAGCGCUGUCAUUUACUGAACGGGUCGCCACCGUUUUUGCAAAAAAUUAUAUCUCCUCCGAUUCUAGCACAAAAUGUGAUGGUGCAGACUGCCAGGAGUUCCUUUACCCGACAAGGUUCCCCGGCGUCACCUGGGACUACGAUAACUGGAGGUUAGCCACAACAACCCUCGAUCAAGGCCACUACCAAUCUCGCGGCUCUAUCGCAAAUGGCUACAUCGGUAUCAACGUCGCGGCAGUAGGGCCAUUUUUUGAACUCGAUACCGCAGUCAAUGGUGACGUCAUCAACGGGUGGCCGUUGUAUUCGCGCCGACAAACGUUCGCGACCAUCUCCGGAUUCUAUGAUCUCCAACCGACAACCAAUGGAAGCAAUUUCCCCUGGAUGAACCAGUACGGUGGCGAGAGUGUGAUUAGCGGCGUGCCACAUUGGAGUGGGUUGGUUCUUGAUCUAGGCAAUAAUGAGUAUCUUGAUUCCAGCGUUACCGUGGAUGAGAUCUCAAAUUUCAAGUCUACAUUGGAUAUGAAAGGCGGUCUGCUGAACUGGGAGUAUACCUGGUCCCCUAUUGGAAGGGAGGAGUCAUUUGCGAUUUCCUACCAGCUUUUUGCGCAUAGGCUGAAUGUCACUCAGGCCGUGGUGCGAAUGGCUAUUACCCCGUCGGCAGACAUGAAUGUGAGAGUUGUUAAUGUUAUCGACGGAUAUUCAGCUGUGCGGACCGAGUUUGUCGAUUCAGGUGAGGAUGGGCACGCGAUUUACUCAUCCGUUAGCCCUGUCGGUGUCCCGGAUGUGACUGCUUACAUUUACGCGACAAUGUCUGGCUCGAAGGAAGUGGAUAUCGAAUCAUUGAAAUUAGUCCCCAAUCCUCCAUACGUACACACGAACCGUUCCUCAAUUGCCCAGGCUGCUGAUAUUAAACUACGCGCCGGCCAGAAAAGCAUCGUCACUAAAUUUGUGGGUAUAGCAUCUUCUGACGGAUUUGAAAACCCAAAGCAAGUGGCAAAGGAGGCAUCAUCAAAUGCUGCCGACGUUGGCUACGAAGCACUUUUGAAGUCUCAUAUUGGAGAGUGGGCAGCUGUUUUCACUGAUGACUCUGUCGAUGAUUUUGCUGUUCCAAAAACCGGGCGCCUACCUCUGGAUGACCACAUUAUCGAAUCUGCUAUCACAUCCGUCACGAAUCCCUUUUACCUGCUCCAGGCCAUUGUGAGCGAUAAUGCAAUUCACGUUGCCAGAAAUGCCCCUAUCCACCAGGGCAGCGUUGCCGUGGGUGGUUUGACUUCAGACUCGUAUGGUGGUCUAAUCUUCUGGGAUGCGGAUAUCUGGAUGCAACCGGGUCUAGUUACUGCCUUCCCACAGGCGGCUCAAUCAUUUACUAACUAUCGUCUCAUAAAAUACGGACAGGCCAUUGAGAAUACUAAAACUGCAUUCGCAUCGUCAAAGAACCAGACUAGGUUCUCUCAGGGCGCUGCUAUCUAUCCAUGGACUAGUGGACGGUUCGGGAAUUGUACGGGGACAGGCCCAUGUUUCGAUUACCAGUACCACCUUAAUGGAGAUAUUGGCUUGCAGAUGAUCAAUAAUUGGGUGACCACUGGUGACACCGAUCACUUUAAAGAGAAGUUGCUUCCAGUUUACAAUUCGAUUGCGAUACUAUAUGCCGAUCUCCUGGAAAAGAACGGGACAAAAUGGACACUCACUAACAUGACGGACCCGGACGAAUACGCUAAUCAUGUUGAUGGUGGGGGUUUUACCUUGCCCAUGAUGGCGACAACAUUGAUCUACGCAAACUCAUUGCGUCAGAUGUUCGGUUUCGAGCAGAAUGUGACAUGGAAUGAGAUGGCUGAAAACAUACUGGUGUUGAGAGACCCCGUGGCAGACGUCACCCUAGAAUACACAACGAUGAAUGGCAGCACCCGAGUGAAGCAAGCGGAUAUCGUCUUGAAUACGUUUCCGUUAAGAUAUACAGAUGGAUAUUCCCCGCAAAACGCACUGGGCGAUCUUGACUAUUACGCUGCAAAGCAAUCCCCUGACGGCCCCGGAAUGACCUAUGCCAUCUUCUCCAUCGUCGCCAACGAAAUUUCUCCGUCUGGAUGUUCCGCCUACACAUACGCGCAAUACUCUUAUGCCCCAUACAUCCGGGCCCCAUUCUUCCAGUUCUCUGAGCAGCUAAUAGACAACUGGUCGAGAAAUGGCGGUACUCACCCCGCAUAUCCAUUCCUAACGGGAAACGGUGGCGCCAACCAAGUCGCCUUAUUCGGCUAUCUGGGUUUGCGCCUCCUCCCAGAUUUUGUCUUGCACUUGGACCCCAACCUGCCACCACAAAUUCCACAUUUAUCCUACCGGACUUUCUACUGGCAUGGCUGGCCCCUGAAAGCUGCGUCGAAUUAUACACAUACAACCAUACAGCGCGCCCCUAAUACACAGCCACUGCCAAUAGCAGCUAAAAAAUUCGCCGGCGCUCCUAUUCCUGUCCAUGUCGGUCCCGAAUCAAAUGUAACAGUCUAUUUACUCCCCGCCUUUGGCAUCCUCACCAUUCCCAAUCGCCAAAUUGGCUCCCAUGCCACGUUCCCGGGAAACAUGGUACAAUGCCAGCCAGCUUCCUCUCCAGACGAGUACGAACCGGGCCAAUUCCCCAUCGCAGCCAUAGACGGCGCUGCAUCAACUAAAUGGCAACCUAAACGCGCAAAUGCCACCUCGUCGCUAACUGUCUCCUUCCCCGACGACGAAAUCUCGGAAUUAAUCACGGGUUUCGGCUUCGACUGGGCGCAGGCACCCCCUGAAUCCAUCGCCGUCGUCCUGCACAAUACUCCGCUAAGUAAACCAACACAACAGCAGGUGUCCCAGUCAUUUUCACCAUCAUCGGCGUCGGGGGCGCUAUCUGUCCCUUCGACUCCAGGCGCCAUCACAGUCACCGCCUUUCCUUCAAUCACACUCUCCAACCCCUACAAUCCGGCAACGACGGACCUAAACAUCAUAGCCCGUUACACUGGAAACACGACGAAUGUGACGCUGGCACGGCCCGUGCCAGCCACCCGCUUUGCGACACUCUUCAUGUGGGGAAAUCAGGCGCUGGAUAAUGUAGAUCGACGGGCGGGGAAUGGAAGUGGGGCUACUGUGGCGGAAUGGUCGAUCCUUCGAGCCCUUCGAGCGGGGCAGAGCGGGACAACUGCGGACCGAGGAGGUGGUGAGGAGGGGAAGUUUAAGGUCAGGGGGGGCUAG